UUUUUUUAUAUGUUUAGAAAUUCAUUACGGUCACUUUAUGCUCAGCCCUCAAGAGCAUCUUUCAUGUAUGUUCGAUCUAAUCCUUCAUUAUGCCGCACCUACGCAACAGGUACAAAAAGCAAUGGCAGCAGUAACAGCUCAGCAGGCAUGUACACAGCCUCUAUCUUUAUCGGCAUGCUUGGCUUGUCGUACGCAGCAGUUCCUCUCUACCGACUCUUUUGUGCCAGUACAGGCUACAGUGGCACACCCGUUGUAGAUAGUGCACGAUUUGGACCAGAGCGUCUUGUGCCUCAACAAAGUCGACGUAUUCGUGUGACGUUUGAAUCCAAUACAUCCGACAGCCUACCAUGGACAUUCAAACCUGAGGUGCGCGAAGUCUAUGUCGUACCUGGUGAGACAGCCCUGACGUUCUACAAGGCCAAAAGUAAAGCCAAAGAGGAUGUGAUUGGUAUUGCAACCUAUAAUGUCACACCGUACCGUGCUGGUUCUUAUUUCAACAAGAUCCAAUGUUUUUGUUUUGAGGAACAGAAACUAAAGCCUGGGGAAGAUGUGGAUAUGCCUGUCUUCUUUUUCAUUGACCCUGACUUCUUGGAGGAUCCAUUGAUGAAGGAUGUCAACACGAUCACGCUGAGUUAUACUUUCUUUAAUUCAAAAUAUGCCCAAGGUUUAGCUCCUGUUCAACCUUCUUCAAGUUAAUUAGCUUAUAAUUAAUAAUUUUGUGUCAUAAUUGGAACAAUAAGUUUAUUUAU